AUGAGGAUGGAGUGCAGCACAUUACUGGGAGCGCUGUUGGCCCACCUCCCGUUUGCUGCCAGUCGGCUGCUCGACGGAGAGGAGGAGGAGGAGGAGGAGGAGGAGGAGGAGUUGGCAGCGGAGACACAGAGUCCUGGUCAUGAGUCUGGUCCUGGUCCUGGUUCUGUUCAGACCGGGGAUCUGACGUCUACAUGGACAGAGAGAUCUGGUUCUGAUGGCUCAGACAUCUGGAGCAGCUGUUGUCCAGCGCCCCCUACAGUGCGGAUCGUGCACUCAGGUCAGGCCUGUAACGUGGAGGAGGAGCGCUACACUGAGAGAGUGUACACCAUCAGAGAGGGAGAGACCCUGGAGCUGCAGUGUCUGGUGACGGGACACCCCCGCCCACAGAUUCGUUGGACUAAGACGGCGGGCGGAGCCUCGGACCGUCAGGGCGACUCCUCUCUGCACAACGAGACUCUGAGGAUAAAAACCAUCAGCCGCCACCAGGGGGGGCGCUACUACUGCAAGGCUGAGAACGGCCUGGGGUCUCCGGCCAUCCGCUCCAUACGAGUCGACGUCUACUACCUGGACGACCCGGUGAUAACGGUGCAUCAGAGCGUCGGUGAGGCGAAGGAGCAGUUCUACUUUGAGAGGACGGUGUUUCUUCGCUGUGUCGCCAACUCCAACCCACCUGUUCACUACACCUGGAGGAGAGGCAGGGAGGUGCUGACGCAGGGCGCCGACUCCGGGGUGGAGAUCUACGAACCGUUUUUUACACAGGGCGAGACGAAGAUCUUGAAGUUGAAAAAUCUCCGUCCUCAGGAUUACGCCGACUACACCUGCAUCUCCUCCGUCAGGAACGUCUGCGGCAUCGGAGACAAGAGCGCCCACUUCAGUCUGAGCAACAGGACGGCUCCUCCCUCCAUCAAACUCCUCCUGGACGACCCCCUGGUGGUGAACCCGGGGGAGACGAUCACUCUGGUGUGUGUGGCGUCGGGCGGAGACCCUCCCCCCACCCUGAUCUGGGUGAAGCCGGGAGGGGAGGAGCUCCCGAAGAGGUGCGUCGUCAACGGCGGCACCCUGACCAUCCCCGGCGUGACUGUUGAUGACGGCGGUGCCUACAGCUGUGUGGCGUCCAACAACGUGGGAAACCCCGCCAAGAAAUCCACCACCAUAUUAGUCAGAGGACUUCGUAAAGGUCGUUUCUGGAUCACGCCCGACCCUUACCACAACGACGACAACAUCCAGAUCGGCCGGGAGGUGAAGAUCAGCUGCCAGGUGGAGGCCACGCCGCCGGAGGAGCUGCAGUUCAGCUGGCUGAAGAACGGCCGGCCGCUGAGGAGCUCUGAGCGGAUGGUCAUCACCCACACCGACACCGACAUCUCGCCGGGCACCACCAACCUCGACAUCAUCGACCUCAAAUUCACCGACUUCGGCACCUACACCUGCGUGGCGUCGCUGAGAAACGGAGGAACCCCCGAGAUCAGCAUCGAUGUCAACAUCUCAUCCACCACAGUUCCCCCGGAGCUCACCGUCCCCAGGGGGCGCUCCCACCUCAUCGCUCAGGAGGGCGACACAGUGGACCUGCAGUGUCUGGUCUCAGGGAAACCCAAACCCAUCAUCCUGUGGUCUCGGGUGGAGGAGAGCGGCGCGGCGGCGGCAGCAGCUCUGAUGCCGGAUGGCUCGGCUCAGACGGAGAGCUACGACGGCGUCCUGAGGAUCAGCAACGUGACGAGAGAGAUGGGCGGGACCUACCGCUGCCAGACGAGUCAGUACAACGGCUUCAACGUGAAACCAAGGGAGGCCCUGAUCCAGCUGGUGGUGCAGUUCCCUCCGACCGUGGAGCCGGUGUAUACGGAGAUCCGUCAGGCUCUCGGCCGGGCGUUCAGCCUCACCUGCCGCCUGCUGCGAGCUCACCCGGCCCGCCUCCUGCGAUACGAGUGGAAGCUGGGCUCCCGCCUCCUCACUGUCGGACAGUUCAGCGACCAGAAAGACGACACCAGCUACCACGUCCGAGCUCUAAACCGAGAGGGCUACGGCGAGUACACCUGUGACAUCACCAACGAGGCCGGGGCGGGGCGCUGCACCUUCCUGGUCACGGGGAAGGCCUACGCUCCAGAGUUUUACUACGACACCUACAGCGCUCUGUGGCAGAACCGGCCCCGCGUCUACGGCUUCAAGCUGCAGUGGACUCAGAUGGAGCCCAACGCCGUGGACCGGAUCCUGGCCUACAGACUCGGCAUCAGACAGAUGGGUCAGUCUCGCUGGUGGGAGCAGGAGAUUCCCAUGGAGGGAACCAUCCAGAAGGGGGAGCUGUUGACCUACAACCUGACUGAACUCGUCAAACCUGAGUCCUACCUGAUCCGCCUCACCCCCAUCACCCGCUACGGGGAGGGAGACGCCACCGAACGCAUCAUCACAUACAGCGCUCCUGUCAACCCACAUCUCAGGGAGUUCCAGUGUGGUUUCGAGGACGAGGCGUUGUGUUUGUUCUCUCAGGACAAAACUGACGAGUUUGACUGGACACGUCACAGCGCCGCCACACGAGACACCAAAUACACCCCAAACACCGGGCCAAGCUCCGACCACAACGGCUCCAAGCAGGGUUUCUACAUGUACAUCGAGACGUCGAGGCCGAGGCUGGAGGGAGACAAAGCUCGGCUGCUGUCUCCCACCUUCAACAUGAACUCUAAGACCUCCUCCUCGUCCGCCGUCAGCAACAGCCCCACCUACUGCUUCGCCUUCUUCUACCACAUGUACGGGAAACACAUAGGAGCUCUGAAUGUGUUCCUGCGCCAGAAAGGUCAGACGGUGACGGACACUUCAGUCUGGAGUCUGACUGGUAACCAAGGAGACCGCUGGAGACAAGCCAAGGUCAACAUCCACCCAACCAUGGCCUUCCAGAUGGUGAUGGAGGGAGUCCGAGGUUCUGGUAUCGAGGGAGACAUCGCCAUCGAUGAUGUAACCAUCGAGGAGGGCGAGUGUAAAGACCCUCCACCCAACAAUCUAAGGUCUCUCGCCCCGCCCUCUUCGCCCCAUAUAUGGCAGCUGUGCAUCACUCUGAGUCUGGCUCUGAUGGGCCAGCAGAGGUGACCCCCUCCCCCCUGUACAC